CGUCAGUCGGGCUUCCAACUUGGCCGGAAAAGGUCUAGGCAGUCUAGGGAGCACAUCAGUAAACAAAAGUUUUGUUCAUCUGCAGUGGUUGUCGCUGUUCAACAGGUAGUUGGGUGAACUGAACCCAAUUGGUAGAAGUUACAGAAUGACUCAGUGGCGGUGAAUUCAAGAAAGACUUCCAUCACAACCAACUCACCCACCAAACACACACAAAUCAGCAGGCGGAUCAUGGAGUUUGUCCGACGAGUGUCCGCUCGCUUUGAAACCAAAAGACUGCCAGAGGAUGUAAACGAUGGCCUGGAGACUCUGGAGGAGUAUAAACAGCGAUGGCGAUCCAUCCGCAUCAUCUACUUCACUAUGUUCUUAAUGGCGCUGGGCUUCAGCAUCAUUCUCACGGGCAUUUGGCCCUACCUCAACAAGCUAGAUCCCAGUGCGGGCAAGGAGUUCAUGAGCCUCAUUGUCGCUGCCAAUCCUUUGGGCCAAAUGAUCUUCAGCCCGAUCUUUGGCUGGUGGGGCAACAAGCUGGGAAAGAUUCGUCUGCCCCUGCUCAUUUCGCUGGCGCUGUUUACCAUGGCCAGCGGAAUAUACUCAUCGCUGGAAUUGCGUCCGAAUAAUGUGAAGUAUUGGAUGCUUGCCUCGCGCUUCCUAAUCGGAGUGAGCUCGGCGAAUAUAGCUCUAUGCAGAUCGUAUUUGUCUGGUGCAACGCGAGUCUGCGAACGGACUCACGCUGUUUCAAUGGUGUCACUAGCUCAGGUCCUAGGCUUCAUUAUUGGUCCAACUCUACAGGCGGCAGUCACCCCGCUUGGUGACAAGGGAUACGUUUGGCUCUGGGGCAAUAUGCACUUUAACAUGUACACGGCAUCCGGAUGGAUCAAUGUUCUAAUGAGCACAGGAAACUAUUUGAUGUUUCUUCCCGGUGUUUUCGAGGAACACAAAAUUGCAGCUCGAGAGGUGAUGGUGUUGCAGGGUGGCACAUCGGAGAGAGAAACGUGGAAAGCCAUCAAGCCGAACUAUCUGUCCGCCUGGACUUUGAUCGUUGCCUUCUUUGUUUUGGUAUUCAACUUUGUACUGCUGGAGACAUUGGGCACAUCCCUGACUAUGGAUAUGUUCGCUUGGUCCAACGACGAGGCACUCUGGUAUAUGGGCAUCAUGAUGACCGUCGCAGCUUUUGUCUCCCUGGGAACGUUUGUAUUGAUUGAACCGAUGUGCAAGUUCUUUGCCGAACGUUAUGUACUCAUCUGGGGUGGAUUCUCACUGAUGUUUCUCGGACGAGUGCUUUUCGUGCCCUGGGGUCCGGAUCCUCCCAAACUGGCACAGCCCUUUAAUGCCAGUCUGAAUCUGAGCGAAAGCGAUCCACUCUUUUUGGGUUGCCCGCCAGUGCAGACUUGGUGUGGCGAGCUGCCAGCUUUGACUUUGACGCAAUUUAUCAUUGGAUUCGCCCUCACCUCAGUGGGAUAUCCCAUUGGGGUGACUCUAAUCCAGACCAUAUUCUCAAAGGUUCUGGGGCCUCGACCACAGGGCGUUUGGAUGGGCUGGAUGACCGGCUCGGGUUGUUUGUCACGUGUCCUUGGUCCAGUCUUCGUCGGCUCUGUCUACACCCGUUUGGGCACAGUCUGGACGUUCGGCAUAACCUCGUUUAUGAUGCUUCUGUCAAUGUUUUGGCUGCAGUGCAGCAAUCGUUUACUAAUCCCGCCAACUUUCGAAGCCACACCUGUAGAACUACAAGAACUAAACAAGCACAACGGUAGUAAAGUGGACGACAACUCGCCCGAAGAGCCUAUUUCCAGCAAUUACAGCAGGCACCAAUCCACGACUCACACGUAGCUGAUGGAAUGCUGUUAGUUCUAAGACACAUCGUUGCAAUACUGCCCCUUAAACUAGCUUUAAAAAAACGUCGUUUAUUUUUGCA